AUGUCUGCAAAUAACGUUACCUCAAAGACCUUCACCCUCAACACUGGUGCUAAGAUUCCAGCUAUUGGUCUCGGCACAUGGCAAUCACCACCAGGUGAAGUUGAGAAGGCUGUAGAGAUUGCCCUUCGCAAAGGUUACAGACACAUUGAUACAGCUCUUGCAUACGGAAACGAAUCCGAAGUUGGUCAAGGUAUCAAGGCGUCCGGUGUCCCAAGAGAAGAGAUUUGGCUUACUACCAAACUCGACAAUCCAUGGCACAAGAGAGUUCAGGAAGGUAUUGAUUCUUCCUUGAAGUCGCUUGGUACCGAUUAUGUCGACUUAUACCUUAUGCAUUGGCCAUCAUCCACCGACCCAGAUGACUUGAAGAAGCACUACCCUGAUUGGGACUUCAUCAAGACAUGGCACGAAAUGCAAAAGCUCCCUGCCACUGGCAAAGUAAAGAACAUUGGUGUAUCGAACUUUGGUAUUAAAAACUUGGAGAAGCUCCUCAGCGACCCAGGAACCACCAUUGUUCCAGCUGUUAACCAAAUCGAGCUUCACCCAAACAACCCUUCCCCAAAGCUCGUUGCAUACAACACAUCAAAGGGUAUCCACAGCACCGGCUACUCUUGUCUCGGUAGCACAAACUCGCCUCUGUACAAGGACCAGACCUUAUUGUCUCUCGCAGAAGCAAAGGGCAAGACUCCACAACAAGUACUUCUCGCCUGGGGUAUCCAAAAGGGAUGGUCUGUCAUUCCAAAAUCCGUCAACAAGGAACGUGUUGAGAAGAACUACGAGCUUGAUGGUUGGGAAUUGACUAGUGAGGAAGUUGAGAAAUUAGACAACCUGAAAGAUAGAUUCAAGGUUUGCGGAGAUGCUUGGUUACCUAUCAAGGUCUUCUUCGGCGAUGAUGAGUAA